UAUUUUGGAAUUUCACUGCCUUCUUACGACGCCGUAGCCUUAUCCGCGGUCAAAUUUUCCGCUCCCAUUAAUGGGAGCUCCUGCCGGCAAUGGAGUCGGGGCUUCGGUCGGCGGGAAGAAGGAGUCGAUCCCACCUUACGUGAGGGCGAUAUCCGGUUCUAUUGGUGGGAUUAUGGAGGCGUGUUGUCUUCAACCGAUCGACGUUAUCAAGACAAGGCUGCAGCUGGAUCAUAGCGGCGCGUACCGCGGAAUCGCCGACUGCGGGAAAACAGUAGCACGGACGGAGGGCGUUCGUGCGCUUUGGAAAGGCUUGACCCCCUUCGCCACUCACCUCACUCUCAAGUAUGCCCUCCGAAUGGGCUCCAAUGCUCUCUUCCAGUCCGCGUUCAAGGAUUCGGCUACGGGAGAUUUGUCCCAACGUGGCAGAUUGAUGUCCGGUUUCGGGGCCGGUGUACUUGAGGCCCUCGUCAUUGUCACCCCCUUUGAGGUGGUAAAAAUCAGAUUACAACAACAACGAGGAUUAAGCCCAGAGCUUCUAAAGUACAAAGGGCCGAUCCAUUGUGCUCGAACAAUAAUCGUCGAAGAAGGUAUCUUAGGUCUCUGGGCCGGAGCAACGCCGACCGUAAUGCGCAAUGGAAUAAACCAAGCCGCCAUGUUCACGGCGAAAAACGCCUUCGACAUAAUCCUCUGGACGAAAAACGAGGGAGACGGAAAGGUUCUCCAGCCAUGGCAAUCGAUGAUUUCAGGAUUCUUAGCGGGAACCUGCGGGCCGAUCUGUACCGGUCCUUUCGACGUCGUGAAGACGAGGUUGAUGGCUCAGAGCAAGUCUGGUGGUGAGUUGAAAUAUAAGGGAAUGUUUCAUGCGAUUAGAACUAUAGCUGCUGAAGAGGGGGUGUUUUCACUCUGGAAAGGAUUGCUUCCAAGGUUGAUGAGAAUUCCACCUGGACAAGCUAUAAUGUGGGCUGUUGCUGACCAAAUAACAGGUUUUUAUGAAAGACAUUAUUUGGUGUAAAAUCAGAAUUUGUUCUGUGCUUGAUUGCAAUUGUGAUUGCUCAUUCUUUGAGGCAUCUGUGAUUCUUUUUUUCUUUUUUAAGAAAAAAAUGAAAUGUCAGGGUGCAGAAGCAUAAAUUUGAUGUAGGUGAGAUUUAGAGAUUAAUAAGCUUCAAGAUUUUUUAUUCAUCAAUUAACUUUAUGCAAUUUAAAUGAUUGUCUUUGAAGAUAUAUUGUUAUAGUUUUUUUCAGGGAGCAGUUUGUAUAAAUACCAUAUGGGUGUAUUAAUAGUUGAGAUGUUGAU